AUGUUCAUUCAAAAUCUAUUGGAAUAUGGCAUAAGACCAACAUUAAGAACCACUCAUCAACUAUCAAAAAUCAUCUAUUCAAAACGUACUUAUGCCAUAGUCACCUAUGCUGUGCAACGUAAUAUCCUUCGUACUAGUUCUUCAAUUCCACUAAAAUUCGAUGCAUAUGAUCUAUUACGACAACGAACAAGUCAUGGAUUAUCUAUACGAAAACAAUCGAAUGGUACUUCAACGCCUAACAGUGAUGGUCCAUCGAACAUAGCCGAUAAAAUUGCUCCGAUUAAAGUACCUGUUCCAACCUUGUUGAAAGUUCGAAAUCGAAAAAUGAAAGCAACUGAUUAUACUGCAAGUUAUACAGAAAAUAAUUUCAUUACAGCUAUACGAGCUAUGCAUGAAUAUUUAUUAAAACCAGCUGAUUUGGAAACACUUAAACAAUAUAGAACACGUUCUCCUUAUUCAGAGGUUAGUGAAAAUGCUUCCAUGUUAACUGUCUAUCGCCGAGGUGAUGUUGAAAAACGAGCCUAUGAAGUAUGGGGUAGUCCAGAAAUGUUGAAUAAAGAAAAAGUAAAACGAGCCAAAGCACGACAGAUAGAAUAUGAACCUAUUUUUAGUUUAAAGAAAUCACUAAAAGAAUAUCAGAAGCGUUUAUUGAUGUUAGAAAAUGCUUUUUUUGAUGAUCAAAAAACAGUUAAAAAUACAAUUCUUACAACAAGCGGUGGAAAAGUGGUUGUUGUCGCAGUUCUCGUUAAUGCAACAAAUGCUGUAGUCAAAACGAUUGGUUGGUUAUUCACGGGUUCUGCAUCUUUAUUUUCCGAAGCCGUUCAUUCUGUUGCUGAUACAUGCAAUCAACUCAUUCUUACCUUUGGUUUAUGGCAAUCAAUCAAAAAACCAAAUCCUGAACAUCCUUAUGGUUAUUCCAAUAUGACUUAUAUUUCAUCACUUAUCAGUGGUGUUGGCAUAUUUUGUUUUGGUACUGGUUUAGCUUGGUAUCAUGGAGUUCUAGUUUUAUUACAUCCUCAAGAAAUGGAAUCAGUUUAUUGGGGUUUAGCUUUAUUGGGCGGCUCAUUGAUCUCUGAAGGAGCAACUCUCUAUAUGGCCGUCAAUGAAAUUCGAGCGUCAGCAAAAGAGAGUGGAAUGCGAUUUUGGGAAUAUGUCGGUCAAGGUUAUAAGCCAAAUGUAAACGUCGUUUUACUUGAAGAUCUAGCAGCAGUUCUGGGCGUAUGUGUUGCUGGUUCAGCGAUGAGUCUUUCAGUUUAUCUUCAGUCACCUAUUCCCGAUGCUAUUGGCUCGUUGGUUAUUGGCGGUAUUUUAGGUGGUGUUGCUUCGUUUAUUAUUUAUUCGAAUACGGCUGCACUUGUUGGCCGAUCGAUCCAUCCGAAUCAAAUUGAAGCAAUCAAUAGCGAUUUAGAAAAUGAUCGGAUGGUUCGUGCUUUAUAUGAUAUCAAAGCAACCGACAUGGGUUCACAAUCGGUCAUGUUUAAAGCUGAAGUUGAUAUUGAUGGACGAGAAAUAGCUCGUUCAUAUUUGGAAAAAAAUGACAUUCAAGUUAUACUUGACGAAAUGAGAAAAAUUGAUACAAUCGAAUUGGCUGAAACAUUUCUUCUUAAGCAUGGAGAAAAUAUUGUUGAUAGAGUUGGUGCUGAAAUCGAUCGAAUUGAACGAAAUCUUCGAAAAAAACAUCCAUAUUUACGACAUGUUGAUUUAGAAGUUCUCUAG